AUGCAUCAAAUUCAUUAUAUCUCUUGGGUUCUAUCUAGCUGGGUAGCUGCCACUGCCGCUCUUCCAAGCACUGCUUGGAAUUUGAAGUCAUUCAAGAGCCUUGUCGCCUUUGGAGACAGCUAUACAGAUGAAUCUCGACUGGAUUACUUUGCUAGUCAUAAUGGCUCCGCACCACCAGUGGGCUGGGUCGACCCAAUUAAUAACGAUACAGCAUCUGGUGGCUACAUAUGGCCGCGGUUUGUCGCAGAUUACGCGGGCGUGAACCUAUACGACUACGCUGUCGCUGGUGCCGUCUGCUCUAAUUUGAUAACACCGCGGACAUUCUCAACAAUAAAAGCGCCAUUUCCUUCAGUCCUAGAGUACGAAGUACCCGCCUACAUUGCGGAUAGCAAAUAUGUCACACAACCUGGCCAGAAGUUCCUUGACAUUCCUGCCCAGGAGACUGUAUACUCAAUGUGGAUCGGCACCAAUGAUCUAGGAGUUGAUGCCUUCCUCUCCGACUCGCAGGUCGCAAAUAAGACAAUUUCUGAUUACAUCGAAUGCGUAUACAGUGCAUUUGACCUGAUCUAUGCCAACGGCGCUAGAUACUUCGUUCUGAUGAAUCUUGCUCCUCUACAGCUCACGCCGUUAUACGCCACGCCAGAAAAAAGAGAUAAUCAAUAUUGGCCAGACAAGCCGGAUAACAGAACUGAGAUUAGCUACCGGAUGUGGGAGCAAGUCAUCCUAGUAAACGAAGUGUACAAGUACCGGACACCUUUUGAGCUUCUUGUCGCGAGAAGAUAUCCCGGGGCACAUUUUGCCGUGAUGGAUAUGUACGGACUAAUCUCUGACAUUUAUAACAACCCGACUGCAUAUUUGAACGGUUCUGCACCAGCCAAUGUCACCGGCUACAUUAAUCAUUGCAACAUCAACGGCACAGAUUGUACGAGGAUGCCAAGUCCUGACUCUUACUUGUGGUUUGAUGAGCUGCAUCCGUCGCAGCGAACGGAUCAAAUUAUCGCAGAGAACUUUAUAGAAGUCGUUAGAGGGAAGAGCAAGUGGGCGACGUACUGGUGA